AUGUUAAACGUCACCAACAGCCCAAAUGUUUACCGACGAUAUCCCGACGGACUGCUUAUCAAACGCUUCUUACCAGAGGUAUUUGAACUGAAGCUCUACGCCUCGCCGAUAUGGUUUGUAGUAGGUUUGAUCGGCAACCUCAUAUCCUUCUUCAUUUGGGUCUCCUAUCGACAACGGGGCAAAAAUAGCUCCGCAGUCUACUUGGCUACCCUUGCACUGACUGAUCUCCUUCUUAUCGUCUGCCUCUUCACUGAAUACCUUCGGCUCUACCUAUUCCUCAGUUCCUUGUUAUCCGUUAAUGGAAUGUGCCAGCUCUUCCAAGGGGUCUUUCUCUUUCUCCAAUACUACUCUAUCGUCCUCACCUUUGGCUUUACUUUGGAGCGUUGGAUAGCCAUCUGCUACCCAUUCAAACGCCAAAAGCUCUGCUCCACUACUCGAGCCCUAGUAGGCGUCUGCAUACUCGCCAUUAUUGUUGCAUGCUUCUCUAUAUUUUUCGCCUCUACAUGGGAAGUGGUUGAUGGGGCUUGUAUUCUUGCUAACCACUGGCAAAAUGACACUACAUUUUCCAUUUAUCUCAGCACUACGGAGUGCAUCUUCUCCCUUAUUGUCCCAAUCGCUACACUGGUGUUUAACAUCCUUGUUCUUCGGGAAAUCGGUCAUUUAGUAAAGUCGAAACUCCUCGUAAGUCGUGAAAAGUCAUCGACUCCUCACGUUUCCAUUGUUCGACGCCUACAACGCAAUCAAAACUCCCAAAAUCAGCAGCAAGUUACAGGAGAGGGAGCAAUCGAGCAAUCCGCAGAGCCCCUUGUUCUAGGAGCAAAGCACAGUAGCGCGCAUGCCAGUGCAAAGGAGCAGGCCAACUUCCAAGCAGUAACUCUAAUGCUUGUGAUCCUCUCCUUCUAUCUCAUUCUCUGCACCCUCCCUGUAGGCAUUGUAUUUGUGGUACAGAUGCGAUUCACCGACAUACCCGAUGAUAUCACUGAUGAAGAGAUUCUCGUAAAUCCCGCGUGGCAGCAGUAUCUGCGUUUCCUCACAGCUAAGGAGAUUAUUGACUUCCUCUGCUCUUCCCACUAUGCCUGCAACUUUAUCAUAUACAUCCUUACAGGCAAGAGCUUCCGCCAGCAUCUCAAAGAUAUUCUCCUUUGUCGUCUUCAGCAAACUCGAACAGAGAUAACCUCUGUCCAUCAUCCGAAGGCGACUAGCAUAAGGGAGAAGAUCAGGCGGGUGGACAAGCCAAUGCUGAAGACAAAGGCGGAAGGGCGUAGCUACAGCCACAAUGAUUUCAACUGUCAUGCAAAUAAGAGGAGGGCUUAA